AUGCUUCGUCACUCUGUUAGUUGGGUGCGUUUUGUACAGCCAAAGUCUUGCUACACUAGACCAACUGGUGUCUGUAAUAUCCGUGUCAGUUCCUACUCGACGGCUUCAGACUAUACUGUCACUGACAAGUUCGUCAAAGUGAAUGGAAGAACCUUUGAGCGUGACGAAUGGACCAAUGUGACUCCAAAUGUGCUUUCCAAAAUGAAUCGAAAGCUUCAUUUGCAACCCACAAACCCAAUCUCAAUUAUUCGUCAGUUGAUCGAGUCUCAUUUUAACAAUUACAAGCCUUUCCACAGUUUUAGUCCUAUUGUCAGCACCCAACAAAACUUUGAUGAUCUUCUGAUUCCCAAAGAUCACCCAAGUCGAACAAAGUCAGACAAUUACUACUUUGACAAGAACACUCUCUUGCGCGCCCACACUUCCGCUCAUCAGCUUCAGGGUCUGUCUUCGGGCGAAAAGAAGUUUUUGAUCAGUGGAGACGUCUACCGAAGAGACGAGAUUGACGCUUCUCAUUAUCCAAUUUUCCAUCAAAUCGAAGGAUUUGCUUAUUUUGACAACACUGACCCUGUAUCUAUGAGAGCACAAAUUGAGGCUGGAAUGAAUAAUGAUACUCGUGCCAAUAAUAUCGACCUCUUGGAUGACACGGUUAUCAAGCCUUCGAACCCUAUUCAAGGCUGUCACUCUCCCGAGAAUGUGCAAUUAGUUGCAGCAGACCUAAAACACUCGAUUAACAGUAUGAUUUACAGUCUGUUUGCUGAUGAACCAGACCUGAAGGUGCGCUGGAUUGAUGCCUAUUUCCCUUUUACAAGUCCUAGCUGGGAAGUCGAAAUUUUCUACAAGGGAGCGUGGCUUGAGGUUCUUGGGUGCGGUGUUGUGCAGCAGCCAUUGAUGAAUAAGUCAGGCUUGGAUAAUAAGAUUGGAUGGGCAUUUGGUAUGGGUCUUGAAAGAUUGGCUAUGGUUUUGUUCGAUAUCCCAGAUAUUCGCUUGUUUUGGUCAGAGGAUAAGCGCUUUACCGAGCAGUUUACGCCAGGAAAGAUUCAGAAAUUCAAGCCUUUCUCAAAGUACCCCCCGUGUAUCAAGGAUAUCUCUUUCUGGGUUCCUAAAGGAGAAUGGCAUGAGAACAACUUUUGUGAAGUAGUACGUGGCGCAGCAGGCGAUAUCGUGGAGAACGUGCAAUUGAUUGAUGAAUUUACCCAUCCAAAGACCGACAAACGAAGUCUCUGUUACCGUAUUCUGUACCGAUCUAUGGAUAGAAAUGUAACCAAUGAAGAAAUCAAUGCUAUUCAAGAAAAAGUGCGUGAUGUUGUCCAAGAUGAAUUCAAGGUUGAAUUGCGUUAA